AUGGUGGGGAAGGAUAUUUGGAACGGAAAGUGCAGUGGCCGCAGAGAGCAAUUGUAUUCGGGUGAUUUGGGCCAUCAACUUAGCCCAGUUGAGGAACAUCGUCUCUUUACAAUAAUUUUUCUAAGUCAAAAUAGGAUUUCUGAAUAUGGAACAAGUGAGAUAGAUCCCUACGUUAGACUCAACCGCCCGUCGGAGUUCCGCCGCCGCAAGGUUAUCCGCCGGAGGGCUACGGAAAGGAAGGAUAUCCACCUCCCGGAUACCCACCGCCCGGAUACCCGCCGCCCGGAUACCCACCUCCCGGAUACCCCCCACAGCAAGGCUAUCCUCCACCGCCCUACCCCGCCCAGGGCUAUCCUCCGCCCUACGCUCCUCAAUACGCUCAGCAGCCUCCGCCCCCGCAACAACAAAAUUCAACUGGUUGCUUAG